UCCUAGCAAUGCAUCGUGACUCUUGUCCUCUGGACUGCAAGGUUUACGUGGGUAACCUUGGAAACAAUGGCAACAAAACUGAAUUAGAGCGAGCUUUUGGCUACUAUGGACCACUGCGCAGUGUAUGGGUGGCAAGAAAUCCUCCUGGUUUUGCCUUUGUGGAAUUUGAAGAUCCACGAGAUGCAGCUGAUGCAGUCAGAGAACUAGAUGGAAGAACUCUCUGUGGGUGUCGUGUCAGAGUGGAGCUCUCCAAUGGGGAGAAGAGGAGUCGGAACCGGGGUCCCCCUCCAUCCUGGGGCAGACGUCCUCGAGAUGACUAUCGCAGGAGAAGUCCUCCUCCUCGCCGCAGAUCACCACGAAGGAGAAGCUUCUCUCGCAGCCGCAGCAGGUCCCUCUCCAGAGACAGAAGAAGAGAGAGGUCACUGUCAAGGGAGAGGAAUCACAAGCCUUCUCGUUCCUUUUCCAGGUCUCGCAGUCGCUCCAGGUCAAAUGAGAGGAAAUAGGACUGUGAGCAGGAGCUGUGUACAGGAAGUCAUUAGAUCUGAGGACAGGAGGAGUAUGUACAGAACAUUGUUUUGUUUUGAAACUUCAUAAAGCUUGGUGCAUUUUUAAAAUGUUUUAGCUGUUGAACUUGCUUUGUUCCUUGUAUCUUGUAACAGGUGGCAAAUGUAAAGAUGUGAAUCUGUAUAUGGUUCUGAGCAGAUCAUAUGAUUUGUAAUAUUAAUCACUUUACAAUGUACCAUCAUACAUUGUUUGUUGUUUGUGUUGAGUGAUGAGCAGUUUGUCUUGCAUAGAUAGAAGAAUGCUUCUGGCCUUGGCUGCUGGGGUGUGUUUUGCUGGGAUUCAGCUUCAGGAAGGAGGGGUGCAAUGAAGCUGUGUUCAUUGCAGAGUGUGGCUGUG